UCGGCCUUGGGCCGACGGAGGUAGUGUCGUUUUGUGUUACCCCACGGUCCUCGCACACUCACAAAAUAUCGUUUUAAACGAAUUCUAUUCAUUUAAACAAUUUUCUCUCUAUCACUUUGAUUCGAUCAAACCUACGAUUCGUACCGUGUUUGCUGAAAAUCGGUUAGUCGUCUGACUGGCGCAGGUGUCACUGUAAAACUACACCAAUUUCAACGAUAAACCAUGCCGACUUUUAAAGUGAAAGUGAAAUGGGGUAGGAAUCUAUUUCCUGAUGUAGAGUUAAAUACAGAUGAAGAUCCUUUGGUUUUUAAGGCCCAGUUGUUCACUCUUACUGGGGUCCAACCAGAGAGACAAAAAGUAAUGAUUAAAGGCGCAACAAUUAAAGAUAACUCAUGGGGAAAUGCUGCAGUUUCUAAUAACUCGACUAUCCUUCUUAUGGGCAGCAAAGAGGAAGAUGUACCUGUCGAACCACAGGUAAAACCACGAUUUGUUGAAGAUAUGAAUGAAACGGAACUUGCAACUGUGUCCAAUUUGCCAGCUGGGUUGGCAAAUUUAGGCAACACUUGCUACAUGAACGCAACAGUUCAGUGUCUUAAGACAGUACCUGAAUUACGAGAAUCACUUCGGGCAUUUAAAGGAGGCAUAGCUGGUGGAGUUAUUUCAGCACACUCUGUAACAGCAGCUCUUAGAGAUUUGUAUGAACUUAUGGAUAAGGGUGUUGCUUUCCCCCCUAUAAUGCUGUUACAAGUUUUACAAAUGGUAUUUCCCAGGUUCGCUGAUAAAAAUGACAAUGGGACAUUUGUACAGCAGGAUGCAAACGAAUGUUGGACAGAAAUUGUCAGAAUGCUCCAGCAAAAGUUGCCAGGCAUUUAUUUGGAAGGAGUAAUGACAAAAUUUAAGCAUUUUAUAGACCAGUACUUUGGCGGUGUCUUUGAAGUUCAGUAUAAAUGCACAGAAACAGAAGAUGAGCCACCUACAAAAACUGAAGAAGCUUUUCUUCAACUCAGUUGUUUUAUUUCACAAGAUGUUAAAUACAUGCAUUCAGGCCUUAAAUCAAAACUGAUGGAAAAUAUAACCAAACAUUCUGCUGUUUUAAACAGAGAUGCAGUAUAUACAAAAAUGUCCAAAAUUAGUAGACUCCCAGCAUAUUUGACUGUACAGUUUGUACGCUUUUAUUAUAAAGAAAAGGAAUCUGUGAAUGCGAAAAUUCUGAAAGAAGUCAAAUUUCCAAUUGACUUUGAUGCGUUUGAUUUGUGCACUCCAGAAUUGCAAGCCAAGUUAACACCGAUGAGAGAGCGUUUUAAGGAACAAGAGGAUAAGGAAGUCGAAAGUAAUAUCAAAUCUAAACAUCUCUCUGGUGCAUCAUCUCUCUCCUCUUAUUCAUCAUUAUCUGGCCAAACAUCAUCAACAGAUGAAAAAAAUGUUGAAAAAGUUCCCUUCUCAUUUGAUUUUGACUUAGGCUCAAAUAAUUCCGGAUACUACAGGUUACAAGCAGUUCUGACACAUCGAGGAAGGUCAAGUUCUAGUGGCCAUUAUGUGGCUUGGGUUCGGCAUUCAAACAACACUUGGGUAAAAUGUGAUGAUGAUGUUGUCACACCAGUGACGGAAGAAGAGGUUCUAAAGCUUUGUGGAGGAGGGGACUGGCAUUGUGCAUACGUUCUUCUUUAUGGACCAAGAAUACUGGAAAUCCCUUUGGCCACAGAAGAGAAAAAUGAAUAAAAAGGAUAACUGUAAUGUCUCUGAAAUGAACCGAUGACUUAAAUGAUGCAAGUUUUUUUUUACUAACUUUUUUUAUUCAUAAAAUAGUUUUGUUUGUUAAAAAUAUAAUUUAUAGUACUCCUCAAAAAUUGUUAUACAAUGCAAAAUGUUUUUUUUUUUUUUUAAGCCUGUUGAUCUUUGUAAAAUCGUAAUGCUUUGUUUUUCAAAUUUUGCAUUACUUAUCAAUGGUUCAAUAAUCGUUAUUUAGCAAUCGCCAAUUGUGGCAAUAUGUUUUGUUAUAUUCAAAGAAUUUUUUUUUCUAAUAAUUAAUUAUGUAUGUAAUAAUUCAAUUUUUAUCCAUUUUUUAAAUUUAUAUUUUAAUGAUCUGGUGUUUCGUUUGUCAGAUAUUAAAAUUAAAUUUCACAAAUACAAAAGAGAAACUUUUCAGUUUCAUUUUUUCUUUCCAGAGUCAACCAUGUACCAUGAAAAAUUUCUAAUUUUUAUGUAUAUAUUAAACGGAUCACUCUUUUACACUCCUUAGUUAAUUUGUGUUUUGUCAGGCAAUUUAAUGCCUUGUGUAUAUAACAAAUUGUACAUAUAUAAUUUUUUUUUAAUUUUCAAUCAGAAGAAGGGGAAAUUAGUUUUACUUUUUUAAGAGUAAACAUCUUUAUUUUAUUACUCUGCAAAGCAAAUAACUGAUCAUUGAAAUUAUUAAUUGAAAUAUAUAUAUUCCUUGUCUAAAAUUUUUUAAAACUUGUUAAUAUUGCAUUAUUUAUCAUGUAACCACUUGUAAUCAUUUUUGUUGUAUCACUGCAUCAUCACUUCAUUGGUUCUUUCUGUUUAUAUAAAUAAACAAAUUUAAAGCA